CAUCAUGCUGACUAACUUGGUUCUGAUCAGUACUGGUAAAUUUCACCACAGGCUUCAGGCUGACGGUGUGCUGCAGAUCAUUUUGUCCAUUUCGCUGACUCGUGCAUUUCCAUGGUCAGACCACAUCCUUUGAGAAAAACACAUAAAGGGCAGGGUGAUUGUCUCCAGGGGCACAUUCACCACCAGAUCAAAGAUAGAAAUAAGAGGAAAUGUUGUCUCUGAGGGGUUUCGUUGCUUUCAUCUCCUGUGUCGUCUUCUUUUCUUUCAACUCAAGUUAUGGUUCUGAGAUUAUUGAUGGGAAUGAAGUGAAGCCCCACUCACUGCCCUACAUGGCUCUGCUGGAGUCAAACGUACCGACCUGUGGAGGAAUAUUAAUUGAUCCCAACUGGGUCCUGACAGCAGCACACUGCAAAGAUGUUAAGACUGUACUGCUGGGGGUGCACUCUAUCAAAGAAAAGGAAAAGGAAAAACAAUACAGGCAGGUCCGAAGUGUGUCAAAACACAUCAUCCAUCCCUGCUAUGAUAAGGAUGAAAACCUCAAUGACCUCAUGUUGAUCAAGAUAAACAAGCCAGCGAAAAAAACCAAAUGGGUUCAAAGUCUUAAGUUGCCAACUGCUGUAAAAGAGCCAGCAACCGAUUCCGUCUGCAUGGUGGCUGGAUGGGGAAAAACAAACAACGUUGGCAAAAUGUCUGACGUCCUGAUGUCCGUCAAUGUGACGGUAAUCGACAGAGAGAAGUGCAACUCUCCAGAUUAUUACAACCAUAAGCCGUAUAUUAGCAAGAACAUGCUUUGUGCCGGGUCAGAUGGUCAAAACAAUGCCGACACCUGUCAGGGGGAUUCGGGAGGACCAAUACUGUGCAAAAAAGUUCUAGUUGGAGUCACAUCAUUUGGGAAGUUUUGUGGCUUAAAAAAGAAACCUGGAGUUUACUCUUUUCUGUCAGAAAGGCAUCUUAACUGGAUCAAGAAGGCAAUGAAGACACCUUAAACUGAAUAACUCAUAUCUAUAUUGUACUGUUAAGUUCUCACAAUCCCUUUUCUGUCUUCUGUAUGUAUUUAUUUAUUUGGUUUUUACUUUAAAAUAUUUUAUACAAAUAGAAAACAUAUCCGGUCUUGACUCAUUACAGUAAAUAAAACUUUACAGGAGAAGAAGUUAUUGUUGGCAAAUUAAAAUAAAUGGGCAAAAGUAUAAAAUAGACACCUUCCUCUCCUCCCUCAGUCUCCUUUUAGAAACAGGAAGAGCACUGAAAGAAAAAAAAAAAAAAAACAUAUUAUAAAGCUCUUCAGAUGUCUCACCACAUCAAGUCGCGAGAGACAACUACAAACAUUUUACUUCAGACUCAUAUAGAAAAUAUACAAUCAGAUUUUCUUAGAAUACAUUUGUCAUCCACAUUCGCUGAAUCCAGUGUUGGAGGGAAACACCCCAAAAUACACAAGAAACACGUGCAAACUCCAGUCAGAAACGUUUCAGUUCCAUCAAACUUGAAGAACAGAACCUCAAAUAUGAAACGGUUUUAAAUUGUCAAUGUCUAAAUUGUGGAGUGCAACAAUUACUUGAGUGCAUGUGAGAACAAGCGUUUUCUGACCAGGGCAGAAAGUGGAAUUUCAAUGACCAGAAAAAACAUUUGUAAAGUAAAGAACAUUAUUCAAAACAGACAAAAAUACUUUUUGUAUUUUAAGCUCCACGCCGCUGAUGCUUUUAACACAGCACAUAAUUAAAAUCAACCUCUAUAAAACAAGCAAACUUCAGUUGUUCAAGAGGGAACUAUUGACAGCUCAAGCUGCUUUACUCUUCCUUUAAGCAUAAUGAGCAAGUCCUAUAUGAUUUACACUGCCAGGAAGCAAUAUAGAUAUAAAAGGGAAUUAUUUUUGCUAUCUGGUAUGAAAUGUAUGUGCUGUUAUCUCAUAACAUAAUCAGAUAAAAGUUUUCACCUUUUUCAUGCCUCUCUCUCGCUGUGGGGCUGUAGAUGCGCUAUUUGCUUCUUUUCCUCUUAAUUUUUUAUCUGUCUGUCUAAUGUUCUUGGUCCUCUUUGGUUGUACGUGUCAUUGUUUUGUUUCUAUUUUGUGGUUGUUCUCAUACGUUUGAGUGACCUUCUUGCUGCUCUUUGUGGUUGGCAGCAGAUUCUGUGAGAACUUCUGUUACAUGGCUAUAGUAGUCACCAGAACUUGUUAACACUUAAAACUACCUGUUUUAUAUACAUUAUUAGAAAUAACAUCCAAAAUGUUUGGUGUGCAACUUUCUAAAACCACCUCUUUCUGCAAUUAGACAUGUCUGCUCCUGCUUUGUGCAUCUAAUGACCAACAUGUUCCCCAUCUUUCUUUGUGAAAUAGCUCAGUCAAACAAGAUGGAGAGCAUCUGUCAGCAAUUAUCAAGUCUCACAUUUCAUUUUGCAGACAAACAGACAGGGAGAAGAUGUUUUCCAGGUCCACAGGCACAACGGGAGUGCAGCCGAGUACACCUAAUGUGCUAUUUGAAGAGUAUUGACAGGGGUUAUCUGAGUUGUCCACAAUGCCUUCACAUGAGAAAUAGUAUGCAGUAGGCUAAUUUCUAAGUACUCAGACACUUUACACGAGUACAAAUAUAAAACCAAACAAUGCAACACAACAUAAAAACAGAUUAGAAGGGCAGAUUUAAACAUUAAAAAAUUACUAGUGUGAUAUAUGCCCAUAUUGAUCUCUGAUAUUGAUCUAAAACCUAUAAUACCAAUACUCCAUCCAUAAAUAUAAAAAUUAUCCUGUCUUUUGUGUUGUAAUUGUAACCACUACUUAAUUUAAUUAGCAAUAAAUUCAGUAGGAAUGUUACUUUUGUUCUAGGGUCACACAGGAG